AUGCCCAGGUACGCAAUUUUCUGGUACGCAGUUAACCGUGGCGCAAAUGUCCAGGUACGCAAUUUUCUGGUACGCAGUUACCGGGACGCAAAUGUCCAGGUACGGAAUUUUCUGGUACGCAGGUUAUCCGGGACGCAAAUGUCCAGGUACGGAGUUGUCCGGGGCGCAGUUGUCCACGGGUACAAAGUUGUCCGGGCUCAAAUGUCCAGGUACGUAAUUGUCCGGGGCGUCCAAUGUCCAGGCAAAUGUCCAGGAGUUGUCCGGGGCGCAAAUGUCCAGGUACGGAGUUGUCUGGGACGUCCCAGGUACGCCUGGGACAAAUGUCCAGGCACGGAGUUGUCCGGGGGUUGUCCGGAGACGCAAAUGUCCAGGUACGGAGUUGUCCGGGGCGCAAAUGUCCAGGUACGGAGUUGUCAAAUGUCCAGGUACGGAGUUGUCCGGGGCGCAAAUGUCCAGGUACGGAGUUGUCCGGGGUGCAAAUGUCCAGGUAAGUUGUCCGGGGCGCAAAUGUCCAGGUCUGGGGCACGGUACGGAGUGUCUGGGGGCGCAAAUGUCCAGGUACGGAGUUGUCCGGGACGUGUCCAGGACGGAGUUGUCAAAUGUCCAGGUACGGAGUUGUCAAAUGUCCAGGUAGGAGUUGUCGGGGCGCAAAUGUCCAGUUGUAAAUAUCGGUACGGAGUUGUCCGGGGCGCAAAUGUCCAAGUACGGAGUUGUCCGGGGCGCAAAUGUUCAGGUCCAGGGUACGGAGGUCCGGGACGCAAAUAUCCAGGUACGGAGUUGUCCGGGGCGCAAAUGUCCAGGUACGGAGUUGUCCGGGGCGCAAAUGUCCAGGUACGGAGUUGUCCGGGACGCAAAUGUCCAGGUACGGAGUUGUCCGGGGCGCAAAUGUCCAGGUACGGAGUUGUCCGGGGCGCAAAUAUGUCAGGUACCGGUUGUCCGGGGCGCAAAUGUCCAGGCACGGAGUCCGGGGCGCAAAUGUCCAGGGUGGAGGGGGACGCAAAUGUCCAGGAACGGAGUUGUCCGGGGCGCAAAUGUCCAGGAACGGAGUUGUCGGGGCGCAAAUGUCCAGGAGUUGUCCAGGGGCGCAAAUGUCCAGGUACGGAGUUGUCCGGGGCGCAAAUGUCCAGGUACGGAGUUGUCCGGGGCGCAAAUGUCCAGGUACGGAGUUGUCCGGGGCGCAAAUGUCCAGGAACGGGAGUCCAGCAAUGUAAUUCAUCUCAUAAUCUAUCUCAGUCUGUUUUUAUCUAUCUAUCUAUCUCAGACUGUUUUUAUCUAUCUAUCUAUCUCUCUAUCUAUCUAUCUCAGUCUGUUUUUAUCUAUCUAUCUGAGCCUUCUGUUAUUAUCUAUCUAUGUAUCUAUCUAUCUAUGUAUCUAUGUAUCUAUCUAUCUAUCUAUCUAUCUAUCUAUCUAUCUAUCUAUCUAUCUCACUCUGUUUUUAUCUAUCUAUCUGAGCCUGUUCAUAUCUUUAUACCAUAUUCUUUUCAUACCUAUCUAAGUCUGUUUUUAUCUAUCUAUCUAUCUAUCUAUCUAUCUAUAAAAUUCUCUUUUUUUUUCUCUUCUUCUUGCACCUUCCAUACGCUGCCUCUCUCUCUCUCUCUCUCUCUCUCUCUCUCUCUCUCUCUCUUUCUCGAUUUAAUCCAUUCAGUUACUUUUUCUUUCUUCUUUCACACACUUCCACUGGCAUUUCAUGUAGAAAACGUCAUCAGAAGAAGUGACAACCAAGCAAGAUUGCCACGUCACAAUUUUCGUUGCGUUAUCACUGCAUACUGUUGCUUCUUUUUACAUUCUUUUCUCUCUCUCUCUCUCUCUCUCUCUCUCUCUCUCUCUCUCUCUCUCUCUCUCUCUCGCUCUCUCACUUCUUCUUUUUCCUUCCUUUGUACUCUUCUUUCUCUUUUUUCUCUUCCUUUUUCUGCUCUGUUUUAUUCAUCUUUCCUUACUUUACUUUCUUCUUAUUUUUUGUUUUCUUUUUUCUCUCUUUCUUUUUCUUCUUUUCUCUUUCUUCUUUCAUUUCUAUUCUUCUUUAUGUUUUUUAAUCUUUUUGAUCUUUUUCUUUUCUUCUUCUCACUCACUUUUCUCUCCUUUUUCUUUCCCAAACUUUCCGUUGUUUUAAUUCUUACUCAUUUUUCCCCCGCCCCCUGUCGUCAUCCCUCAUCGCUCCCCCCCACCGACAUAUUCUGA